UCGUGUGGAGCGCGGUUGUGUGUUGAGCGCUCAGGUACAAAAAUCAAAUAAGGCAAAGUGCGAUCGGCCUACAGUAUGAAGUGUCUGGCUAUAUGCGGCGUGAUAAUAGCCGUAAUCGCUGCAUUUGUGGGCUACGGUUAUCUGGCUUUUAACGAACUGACACGUCCACUGCCCAGACCGCAGUACGAUGACAACAAGUACUGGGGACGCGGCGACAUCAAGCACUACAAGCCGGAUAAGCAGAUACGUGAAUUUAAAAUAGAUGUGCCCGCUGCAGAGAUUAAGGAACUGCAAGAGCAACUGAAUCGCACGCUGCGGCUGACUGAACCACUGGAUGGCAUUGCCUUUCAGUAUGGCUUCAAUAGCAAUGCGCUGCAGCAGUUUGUCGACUACUGGCGUGAAAAGUAUCUGAGCAAAUGGACGGAGCGACAGCAAUAUCUAAACUCAAUGCGGCAAUAUACAACGGAGAUUCAGGGCUUAAAGAUUCACUUUAUACACGAGCGCGUGUCCAAGGAGCUGGCAGCCAAGAAGCAUGUGUUUCCACUACUGCUGCUGCAUGGCUGGCCGGGCUCGGUGCGUGAGUUCUACGACUUUAUACCCAUGCUAACCAAGGAUCAGAAUGUCACCGAUUAUGCCUUUGAGGUGGUAGCGCCUUCACUUGUCGGCUACGGCUGGUCAGACGCUGCAACACGUCCUGGUUUCCAUGCUGCCGAAAUGGCCACUGUUAUGCGCAAUCUUAUGCUGCGUCUGGGACACAAACAGUUUCUCAUACAAGGCGGCGACUGGGGCAGCAUUAUAGGCAGCAAUCUGGCUACGCUAUAUCCGCAGAACGUGCUAGGCUAUCAUUCCAACAUGUGUGUUAUGAACUCACCGCUCUCCAUGCUCAAGGCUGUCUACACACACUACUUUCCUCACAAGGUGCUUGCAAAUCGCAUGUUCUAUGAGCAUCAUGUGCCGCUCGAGGAGCGUUACAAGACUCUGCUCACCGAAACGGGCUAUUUCCAUAUACAAGCCACCAAACCCGAUACCAUUGGCGCUGCUCUGGACUCCAGUCCUGUUGCUUUGGCUGCUUACAUACUCGAAAAGUUCCAAACUUGCACUUCGCCUGGCCUGCAGCAGGACUUUGGCGCCAUGGUUACUGUUUUCGGUUUGGAAGCUGUGCUGGACAAUCUAAUGAUCUAUUAUUUAAAUAGCGCCGCCACCACCGCUGGACGCUUCUAUGCUGAGAACAUGUCCAAGGCUUACAGGGACAUGCAACUGGAUCGCGUGCAAACGGACGUGCCCAUGGGUUGUGCACGUUUCCGUUUUGAUUUGCCGCCCGCUUCGGACUGGCAGCUGCGCGACAAGUUCACCAAUAUAAAGCACAGCAUGUAUUUCCAGCAUGGCAGUCAUUUUGCUGCUAUGGAAUUGCCGUCCAUGUUGUAUAAUGAUUUUGCAGCAUUUGUGGAGAAAAUUGGACUACAUUCUAUGUAGUAUAGCGCGCGAGAGCCUAAAAUAAUGUACAGUUUGUUUGUAAUAAAUUAAAAAAGUUUUUAUCAACUA